AUGACAGGCUUAGAGCGGAAAGUCAGGAGCCUUGUGUGGAUCAGAAACAACUGUUCUGACAAUCAGUUCCUGAGCCUCAGCCUGCCGGGAGAGGGCAUCCCAAAAGUAGAGGUGUGCAUGACUGCAGGGUUGGCGGGGAAAAUCAUGGGGCUGAUCUUCAUUACUAGAGAAGGGGAGGAAGUUGGGCAGUAUUACACCAGCUACACAGAGAAUGAGGUGCUGGAGGUCAUGCGGCACAUGGCCAAAAACGCCAUGCGAAUCAACGAGAACAUAACCAAGUUCACCGCCAUCAGGAAUAAGUUCAUCCUGCUGUGUACACCUAAAGCCCUGACUCCACAUCUGUGUGUGGGCGCCUACGUGUGUUGCAGGGAGGGCGAGAUUGCGGCCAGAAAGCUGGCAUGGCCGAGGGGAGGACACCAGGCGCAGACCCCUGCCGCGUGGAGAAAAGCGAAGGCGCGGACGACGAGCGUCUUCCGCUCUGAGUCCGUGUGGAGCGAAAAGACAGCUCCACAGACACCCAGGACUCAGAGCCGGGAGCUGUGCGCGGGUCGGAAACAACCCCGAGGGUGUUUCCGUGCCCUGUCCAGCCCUGGGGCGCAGGUACCAGAGGAGAACGCUUUCCUUCAGCAACAGUCCGAAGCCUCUGCGGCUCCGAAGCGGCCACAGCCUCGGGCCGCACAGCUUCUCCGCUACGAAAGGAGGCGGUGCCCGCUCCGCCCCGCGCCGCGCCCACCAGCUCGCGGAAAGAUUCGUUUCCUAAACCAGAGCUGGGAAUCUCUGUUCUUCCUACAGCUGUCUGUGUUGAACGCCAGCCGCAAGGUCAAAUGCGAGCUGGGUCUCAGGGUGCGGGUGGGUCCUCUUGGAUACCUCGCCAGGCCCCAGCCCUGA